AUGUCCUCACUGUCACCAAUGUCCCCGAUGUCACCCACGCCCUCAGAGUCACCCACGUCCCUGGUGUCACCCACUGCCACCCACGUCCCCAAUGUCACCCACGCCCUCAGAGUCUUCAACGUCCCUGGUGUCACCCACGUCCCCAGUGCCACCCAUGCCCUCAGUAUCACCCACACCCCUGGUGUCACCCGUGACCCCGGUGCCACCCACGCCCUCAGAGUCACCCAUGACCCUGGUGUCAUCCACUCCCUGGGUGUCACCCCUGUCCCUGGUGCCACCUGUGCCCCUGGUGUCACCCAUGUCCUCAUCCCCAGUCCCACCCACAUCCCUGGUGCCACCCAUGCCCUCAGUGUCACCCCUGUCCCUGGUGUCACCCAUGUCCCCAAUGUCAUCCACGUCCUCAGUGCCACCCACGUCCCUGGUGCCACCUGUGACCCUGGUGUCACCCACGUCCUCAGAGUCUUCAAUGCCCUCGGUGCCACCCACGUCCCCAGUGUCACUGUCACCCGUGCCCUCAGUGUCACCCGUGCCCUCAUCCCUGGUGUCAACCACAUCCUCAGUAUCGCCCACGUCCCUAGUGCCACCCGCGCCCUCAGUGUCACCCACGUCCUCACUAUCACCCAUGUCCCCAGUGUCACCUGUGACCCCGGUGCCACCCACGCCCUCAGUGUCACCCCUGUCCCUGGUGUCACCCAUAUCCCCAAUGUCACCUGUGACCCCAGUGUCACCCACGUCCCCAGUGUCACCCAUGUCCUUGUCCCCACUGUCACCCACACCCUCGGUGCCACCCACACCCCUGGUGUCACCUGUAACCCUGGUGUCACCCAUUUCCUCAUCUCUGGUGUCAACCACAUCCUCAGUGCCACCCAUGCCCUCAUGUCACCCAUGUACCCAGUGUCACCCGUGACCCUGGUGCCACCUGUGCCCUCACUGUCACCCAUGUCCUCAUCCCUGGUGUCACCCAUUUCCUCAUCUCUGGUUGCCACCCAUGCCCUCCGUAUCACCCACACCCCUGGUGUCACCUGUGACCCCAGUGCCAUCCAGAUCCCCGAUGUCACCCACGCCCUCAGAGUCUUCAAUGUCCCUGGUGUCACCCACAUCCCCAGUGCCACCCAUGCUCUCAGUAUCACCCACAUCCCUGGUGCCACCCCUGUCCCUGGUGUCACCUGUGCCCCUGCCCCUGUCCCUGGUGCCACCUGUGCCCCUGGUGUCACCCAUGUCCUCAUCCCCAGUGCCACCCACAUCCCUGGUGCCACCCAUGCCCUCAGUGUCACCCCUGUCCCUGGUGUCACCCAUGUCCUCACUGUCACCCAUGUCCCCAAUGUCACCCACAUCCUCGGUGCCACCUGUGACCCUGGUGUCACCCAUGUCCCCAAUGUCACCCAUGUCCCUGGUGUCACCUGUGACCCUGGUGCCACCUGUGCCCUCAGUGUCACCCAUGUCCUCAUCCCUGGUGUCAACCACAUCCUCAGUGUCACCCAUGUCCUCGGUGCCACCCACACCCUCAGUGUCACCUGUGACCCCAGUGCCACCCACAUACCCG